UUUAAAAUUGACAAAAGUUCUACUGUAGCAUAUUUCCUUAAAUGCUUUAAAUCCCCUGAUGAAAUCGAGAGGAAGGAAAAAUGACAUUAAAGCAGUGAGUCAGAUGCAGGCAGUCCCCAGGUUACGAAUGAGAUCCAUUCCCCAAGUCUGUCUUUAAGUGGAAUUUGUAGGAAAGCCGGAAAAAUAAAGUAUGUACUAGUAGUACUAAUAAUUAUUAUGCAGUAAUUAAAAUAAUAAAGAACUGUACUGUCGAAGCCAAGAGAUCUUUUCACGAGCGUCACAAACUAGUGUGUGCGUUUAUUACAAAUCAUUGUAUUUAACCUGAAUUUUUGUGUAAUAGGCUUUAAUACAGUCCGUAAGUAUGAGUCGUCUGCAACUUGGUUGCUUUGAACCCAUGGACUCUGUUUACAUGCUUAUACUCAGUGUUAUUUUUUUAAUUCUCUUUAGUCAUUUCUUCUGGGCGCAUAUUUCUUCUAUGAAGUAAGAUGGAAAAACAGGUUGCCCCAAGAUGCCCCAAGGCUGAUGUCUGGUGGAGAGAGGGAUCCUCUGCUGGGUUAGACCGUACAACAAGGCUCUGCAAACCCAAUCAACCUGCUUUUACUAAGCUUACAAUAUCCUUUCAUUUAAAAAAAAAAAGAUCUUGCCUGUUUUUGAUCCUUGUGUGUGUCUUUUUAUGAUUUUGUUAAAGUAAUAUCCCUACUAAGUACGAUCAUGGACCAGUCUUUUAUAGUUAUUUCAUAUAACAAAGUUGUGUCCUUUUAAAACUGAUUUGUUUCUGGCAAUGCAAAAAAAACUGAAUGUUAUCAAUCAUAGGAGACAUUAGGUGCAACUUAAUCUCAAUUAAAAUAACCUGUCAAAUUACAGCCUAACAAGAUGCAAUCUUUCAUUGUAUUUUUUUUUUAGCUCCCCUCUCAUCCCCCCGCCCCCCCCCACCAAAAAAAAAACUUUUGUCAUGUAAUGGCUGUUGUUGCAAUAGUAUGACCAUUGUCUAGUUUCACAUUUGCCAUUGAUGAAUUUUUUUGAUGAUUAGUUGCAGAUGAAUGGCUUUUGAGAAUGUAUCUCAGUGCACUGUCCCACUUCGUAUUUACUAUAUUCUAUUUAUAAAGGUGAUUCUUUGGCUGAUCAUUUGGAGGUUUUGUAGCAAAGAAUUGUGGGUGGGCUUCAGCCAUUGAAGGACACAUUUUUCUUUUUUGCUGUAAGUAUAUAUUUGCCAAUUUGAUUGUUAUUCCUAGUAUUUGGUGAAUUUGUUUGUUUCAUAGCCAAUGUAUGACAAGUUUCUUUAAAAAAAUUGUUUAAUGUUAAAACUUAAACUUCACCCAGCAGCUCAAUACUUCUAAUACCUCUACUUAUCUAGGGAAGUUCUACAAGAUAAAGUAAAAUGGACUUAUAAACAACCAAAGGCAUAGAUUAGACAAGGUUAACUUUAACAAUAGGACAUGUAUAUUUCAUUGAAUGCCCGCGGCAUUGUAACUUGCACUCCUGUUGGACAAAAUGUAUCACUGUCAGUGAGUUCAUUUGACUGCCCUGUGGUUCAGUUAAUUGGUUAUCUGAUCGUAUCCCUGUCUAAGGGCCUCAAACAGUUGGACGUGUAUCCACUGGAGAGUGGGAUCCUCUUCUGAUUCGGACUCCACACGGUGGUCUCGAACCCCAUCAGACGAGGAGAGCGGUUUUCACUAAGUGCAGACUAUCCAGGCAUUUAAAUAACAUUGUCCUUAUUAAUUCCAUGUGUGUAUGUUUUUUUUUUUUUUUUUUUUUUUUUUUUUUUUAAAUAAUGCUCUUCGUAUUACAAAGUGGUUAUUUGCAUAUUUGUUUUAUAUGUUAAAAGUGCAAUGAUGUAACUUCAUUUAAGUACUGUAGCAUAAAGUGUUUUCUAGAAGGUCUUUUUUUAACGUUUAUAAUUUAUUUGAACGUGACUUUUUUCUGUGCACAGCACAGACAUUCUGGGAGGCUCUGGAUGCCGCUCGUAUAAUCGGCAACUAUUCUUAUCUAAAUAAUUUGCAUAAAGUAAACCAGAAUACAAUGUGUGAACUUUUCACAUAUGCGUUAUUGGUACAAUGACCUGCAUUGUGUGUUUGCAGAAUACCACACUGGCUUCAGUACUAGUUAUGGUACUAGUUACUCUGAAUCAUUGACUGAAGACUUUGUGGGAAACUUGUGCAACCUUCGGACUGUAUUGUCAUCUUUGCCUUUAUGACACAGGCAGUUCUGUUGAUUUAAAAUAAAUUAUAGAUAUGUAUGUCUGUUUUAUAAUGGGUUAAUUGCCGUAUUUGAAAUAAAGAUUGUAGUGCAGUACUGAUGUGAAUGUAUUUCAGGACUGUCAUGUAAGGAUAUGUCCCUUGUUACUCAUCUCAUUUUGUCAAACUUUGUGUAAACCUGUAUUUACACAAUUGUGGGUGCAAUUUAGCUGUAUUUAAAUGUUUAAUAUUAUGGGAGAAAAUGGUUUGAGGCCUACCUGAGAAAAGUAUCAACUGCAAACUGUUUGUUGCUUAAUUGUUAAUGUUAGUCUGUGAGAAAUCACUAGUUGAUGUAUUGUGACUUGCAUCACUUGGUUCAUUUUUCGCUUCGCCCAUCAUACAUCAUAACCAGCAUUCUUUGUAAGAUGAUAUACUUUGUGAGGUUGAGUCAUGAUUCUUGAAAAGAACUCCAAACUGGUUCAUGGGUAGCUUUCUUUGUAGCCUACAGUAUAAAAUUUGAAUAUGACAAACAUGGUAAGAGUUGUUCAGCUAAUGUUUGCAUAUUACUAAUAGCAAUGGUGUAACUUUUUCUCACUCGAACCAUAUUAGGUAACAGAGGCGGUGAGUCACUACCUUCUGAAAUGUCAUUUGCUAGACUCUUACUCAUUUACUUUCUGAUUAUCUGGACUAUUCCCGAGGAAACGCUGUUGGUGACUUAAAGAUCCUCUAAAAUUCCAUCCAUCCAUCCACCUUCCAGCGGCGUAUCUUGUUCAGGGUAAUGGGGUAAACUGCUCUGCGUACUUGUUUUAACCCAGCAGUAUGUGUAUUGCAGGUGGUGAUGGUAAACAUUUCCCACGGGGUCGUUCUGCCACCUAGUGGGCAGGCAGUAUAACGUGGUGUCUCUAAUUGUGUAUAUGGUAGCAAGAUGUCUUAUGUUAAUACAUGUCGAUAUGAGUAUGAGUGGUCCAGACGACGGUAGUUGUAUGACCGACAAUAUUGUCAGGAUUUUAGUAUCGCGAGCGUCUGUCCGACACUCAUUUACUUGCCAGAGUAAGCUGUAUAAUAAGUUGCUCAUAUAAACAAUUGCAAUACAAGUGCGCCGUCAGUACAGACAAUUUUAAUAUUGCAUUUCGUGUGUUUACUUCGAUAAAAUACUUGUAUAUCAAAAUUGUUGUAGUGUGGUAUAGGCUGCGCUUGUAAUUAAGCAGUGAAGAAGCCAGGAACCACAAUAACUGCGUUAACAUUAUACAAUGCAAUUUAGUGUUUGCGAUCUCCAAACUCUUCUAACAGUGAAAUCCAUUUUGGCUGUAUUAUAUAUUACUAAAUUAAGCUGCCCCACCCACCUAGAAAUUUCACUGCAGCACGUGGGUAGACUUUUAAUUAAUGUACAUGCAGAUUGCGGAUGUGUACGCGGCGGAUGGGAGGUGACUUUUCGGCGACGGGAGCUGCUUGUAUCGCUCUCCUAAAGCGAAGCGAGCUGCUUCUCCCCUCCACUCCGCUGCGCUCCCACACCGGGGAAGUAACGUCAAGAUGGCUCAGCGACAGAGGCGCAGUGUUUACAGUAGUGAAGACGACGAUGAAGAAACGGAGCUGAACGGGCUGGACCCUGAUGUCCCAAUAACCAAGACUGGGAAGCACGGCGUAGGGAGGACUCGGUGGACUCGUGAAGAAGAUGAAAAACUAAGGAAGCUUGUGGACAAUCAUGGACCUCAAGACUGGAAACUUAUUGCAAGUUUUAUGCCUAACCACACAGAUGUGCAGUGCCACCACCGAUGGCAGAAAGUCUUGAAUCCAGAACUCAUCAAGGGUCCUUGGACUAAAGAAGAAGAUAAAAAGGUGAUCGAACUCGUCCAGAAGUAUGGCCCCAAGCGGUGGUCCGUCAUAGCCAAGUACCUGAGGGGUCGCAUCGGUAAACAGUGCCGGGAACGCUGGCACAACCACCUGAAUCCCGAAGUCAAGAAGACGUCCUGGACGGAGAAGGAGGACCAGAUCAUUUACCAGGCUCACAAGAAGCUGGGGAACCGAUGGGCUGAAAUAGCCAAACUUCUGCCUGGAAGGACUGAUAAUGCCAUCAAGAAUCACUGGAAUUCUACCAUGCGACGAAAGGUUGAGCAGGAGGGCUACCUGCAGCACUUACCCAAAGCUGACCUGCUACAUGCAGCUCUAAACUACACCAAAGCAGACCAUAUAAAUGCUUUCGCUCAUUACCCUCCGACGCUGAAGUUCCUUGCACAGUCUCCCCUUGAGUUCUAUCACGGUCCAGGAACAAAGCGGUUGUCUUUCCCUGGUGCUGCGUACAUGACCGCCAAUGUUCCGCAGCCUGGAACGGCCGCAAUACAAAGACACUAUGACAAUGAGGAUCCAGAGAAAGAGAAAAGAGUGAAGGAGAUCGAACUGAUCCUGAUGUCCGCCGAGAGUGAGAUCCGAUGGCAGCAGCUGUUACCGAGACAGAUGAAUAACUAUCCUGAGUGGAACAGGGUGACCUUUCUCGAUGGUCAUGGGGAGGGUGUGAUAGCUUCCCCUCUUGGCUUCCCGCACCGGUGGGACGUCCCAUCUUCGCCUCUGGAUUACGGCUGCCUUCCGGAGGAGAGUGCGUCCUCGGCCCGGAGCAUGGGUGACAUCCACUGCGGUGGCCGUGCCGUCUGUCGACCCCCCCUCCCCAAGAACAUGGAGUCCUCCAUUGAUUCUAUCUUCACAAGCCACCCCUCAUCAUCCCUUGCUGUUGGGAGCACCCAAAGAAUGGCGAACAUUCAGCGGUCGGUAAUCGAGAUGCCCCUCUCUAAUUCCUCUCCUCCGAUCAGUCCGGUGCUGGAUCUCGGCGAAAUGGAGUUUGGAUCCUCAAAGAUGCCGUCCCAAAAUCUACGCCUUGAACCAAACCUAAUUAAAGAUGAAUCUACUGGAUCAGAAAUAGCUACAGGGAUCCAAGUCGACAGCCCAACUGUUUCGAAAAAAAUUAAACGAGGAAGGAGUGAUGUUUCAAAAGACUGACAGUCAUUGGACCAGGAAUCUGGAUCUUGACUUGGGCGAAGAUGUAGUGUUAAGUAUUUAUGAAUGAAGCAUUAAGAAUCUUAGAACAUAAUGAUUUGAAAUGACUUUCAAAUACCAAAUAAAUGUAAAUGUCAAAGAUAUAUAGCUAAUUCCACCAAAAAUGACAUUGUAUAUAUGAUGAAUAUCAUUUCUGAUAGCUUCUUGAAGUUUUGUCAUAAAUUUGGCCAUAGACUGUAUUGUAUGGGAAAACUUCAUAUUUUUAUAAAACCAAUAAAGGGUAAAGUAUUGUUUUGUGACUGUGAAAUUUAGUACGAUUCAUAAUUUCCUGUAUUAGAACAUUUUAAACCCAUGUUUAUGUUCAAAAGAAGAGGAAGGGGAACUACGAGACUUUAAAGUUGUAAAAGACACUGCACUCUCGUGAAACCUGCACUGAUACUGUUAUUGGGCGCCUUUGCUGUGUGGCACGGAGCAGAGGGCUUUUCUAUACCUCGCUCACCUCAGGAAGCCGCAGCUAUGGAUUAAACGCUGCACCUUCAGCUCUGUAAUCUGUAGUGAAAGGGAGAUGUAUCUUGUGAGGUGACGGAGAUGAGAUCAACCAGCGGGAUCGGAUCAGAAAACAAAGGACCAGAGGAACCGGUGGAGCUUGAUGUUCUUGCUUGGCCCACUAGUUCAAUUUCUUUGGAGGGGGAAGUCUGUGAUAGUUUGAUCCUUUAAUGCUGUGUGUAACACAAACUGCAGCAGGAGUCACUAGUGCUAAUUUCAUAAUAAAGUUAUUUUUGAAUUUUA